AUGGCUAGACUAAACGAACCCCCUGUGUCUACAGACAGUCUCGAAACGCUUCGAAAGAAGCUUCUACGUCAAAACCGCGAUCUCGCCAAAUCAAAUAAUAUCCGUGCUCUUCGCAUCCGAGAAGUUGAGAAUGACUGCGCUUGCAUGCUGUCCGAGAACCUUGAGCUUCGAGGUCGUAUCCUGGAGCUAGAAAAGGAGCUUGAAGACAACGACUCUCGAAGAAUUGCCGAUCAUGCGCUCGCGAUCAAGGCCAAGAUGGAAUCUCAGCUUACUGAAUGGGGCGCCCUUCUCGCUGGUCUAGGUCUCGAGCCCCCUAUGAAACGACACUCUCCACGCCCGCGAAAAUCAACAAAGCCAAGAUUGAGCUUCAGCUCUGCUCGACCUAGCCCUUCUCAGCGACGGUUACGUGAUAUUGCUCGGGAAGUUGAGGAGUUGGGACACAUUUCGGAGACCAAAUCCUACCCAAGACAGUCCAUGAACCCUGAGCAAAUACUGGCCCUUCGAUCAGAGGCUCACGCGGACAACAUGGCAGAUGCAUCUCAGUCACCUGAACUCGGACCCCCGCCCGUAUCGCAAUUUAUCGAAACAGAAGACCAAGAUCCAGUCAAGAUUGACUCGCCUUCCCCUUCCCGCUCUGCUCCCUCACCUGUACAUGUACAAGAAAGCCCCAGAACGAAACUUGCACCACCCGAAACUUUCACAUCACCACAAACUACCAAGAUGCUGCCCCGAUCAACGUCACCAGAGAAGAAGCGAACAGAGGAGACUGCCAAGCUCCAACAACCGAAAUUAAUGGAGACUAGCCCCCUGGCUACCAAGUCCACCGAGAUCAUGGCCGAGCAACCAGCUAUGGAACCCCCUGCGGUCGAGUUCCAGCAAAUUAAGAUAGGAUCAAAGAGGAAGCUUGCCGCUAGGGACGACAUGGUUACCAUUAGAUCACAGAGGAACAACGAUGAGAACGAGAACCCCCGAAUGUCCAACGAGAAACGAUCGAUUCGCGAAAAAGUAGGAGAUCGAAUAGUGAAAGAUAUCUCCGGCAUGAAGAGGGAUUCGCGUGACAAGGCGAGUGCCACGGGUACAAGGAAGCCUCUGUCGGCAAAGAGCACGAAUGAUGAUAUGACUUCACCAAAGAAGAUUUCCAAGCCAGUCAGCACCGACGAGAUCGCUGCAGCCAAAGCUGAUCUUGUGAGAUCCAAAAUUUCUCAAGAUCGGCCCAAAUCCAGGUCCAGAUCAUUGGUUCCUAUUACCAUUGAGCCUGUCCGAGACCUCGAGCAUGCAGCUCCUGAAGUUGUAGACGUACAGUGUGGGUUUGCAACACCUUACACAGAACCCUCGCUCCUCUCCCUGCAUUCACCAGAUACCACCACUUCAAAAGACGCAGGACGAGGAGGAACUCCACCACCCGGAGAUGUUAACGCCAGCCGAGAGCCUGCAAGACCUAGCCGACGAAAUAGGACUGCAGUCAGCUAUGCUGAGCCUAACCUUAGAGACAAAAUGCGAAGACCCACAAAGGAGAUGCUUGAUGCUGUCGCAGGAGAGGGUAGAUAUGCCCGACGUUCCAGCGCAGUUGAGCAGGCUCCAGAGACUGGCAAGGUCAAGCGUGAGAGUAGAACCGAAGACUCGUGGAAGCAACUGUCCACUGUUGAUGCAGCGACCGUAGAGAAUGAACCUGGCAGUAUUCCUGCUAGUCCUUUGGCCGGAAAGAGUUUAAGCCCUGAGAUCGCUAAGAACAUGGCCAUCCGAAGCGGUAGGCGCAGCUCUAUGACGAUCCAGGAUUUGGUUGCGGGCAGCGAAACCUCACACGAGGAUGGCAAGGAUGAAACAGCAUCCGACACGACCGGACUGAGCGAAGUCGAUAUUUACGAAUUCACCCCCUCAUCACCACAGUAUGAAGAACAGGCCCCUGUCAGAAAUAAAAGAAAGACCGCCAGCCGCCAAACUUCACGGCGCGUCUCAUCUGCUGUUCAUGACGAAGAGGGUUCCGAAGCUAGGGAACGUGCCUCAUCAAGACGAAGGAGUAUGAUGCUGUAA